AUGCGCGGGCGUCCUGCGAGCCCGCUGGGGCGAGCCGAGCCGCGGCGGCGCCGGGAGCCCGGCGGCGGAGCUGUGAGGAAGCAAGCGGCGGCACGGGAGCAGCGGCGAAGGACAGGUGGCGAGCCUUCGCCCGCGCCGCCAGGGGCUGCUGGGCCACCCGCGGAGCCUCGCGGUCCAGACGUGGAGGGGGUGGCGGCGGCGGCAUCCCGGACGGCCUGUGAGGGAUGCGCCGCCCACUGCCCCGCGCCGCCUGACCGUCCCCGCCUCGACUCGCGGUGCGCCACAGCCGGGCCCGCGGCCGUCCCCGCCGCGUUGUCGCCCGGUUGCCGCGCCCGCGGGGCCGCGCCCGGCACGGUCAUGUGGACCCCCACGGAGGAGGAGAAAUACGGCGUAGUGAUAUGCAGCUUUCGAGGAUCUGUCCCUCAAGGAUUGGUCUUAGAAAUAGGAGAAACAGUCCAGAUUCUUGAAAAAUGUGAAGGUUGGUACAGAGGAGUUUCAACAAAGAAGCCAAAUGUGAAGGGGAUCUUUCCUGCAAAUUACAUUCACUUGAAAAAGGCAAUUGUCAGUAAUAGGGGGCAGUAUGAAACUGUGGUUCCACUUGAAGAUUCUAUUGUGACUGAGGUUACAGCAACUCUACAAGAAUGGGCAAGUUUGUGGAAACAGUUGUAUGUGAAACACAAAGUAGAUCUUUUCUACAAACUACGCCAUGUGAUGAAUGAACUUAUUGACCUGCGAAGGCAGCUACUGUCUGGUCACCUGACUCAGGAUCAGGUGCGGGAGGUUAAGCGGCACAUCACCGUGCGCCUGGACUGGGGUAAUGAACAUUUGGGCCUGGACCUGGUGCCUCGGAAGGACUUUGAAGUAGUGGACUCGGACCAGAUUAGUGUCUCAGAUCUCUAUAAGAUGCAUUUAUCUAGUCGGCAGAGUGUACAGCAAAGCACAUCCCAGGUAGAUACAAUGCGCCCACGUCAUGGGGAAACAUGUCGGAUGCCAGUGCCACAUCACUUCUUCCUCAGCCUGAAGAGUUUCACUUACAAUACUAUUGGGGAAGAUACCGAUGUCUUCUUUUCCUUAUAUGACAUGAGGGAAGGCAAGCAGAUCAGUGAGCGGUUUCUGGUAAGACUGAACAAGAAUGGUGGGCCAAGGAACCCAGAGAAGAUCGAACGAAUGUGUGCCCUUUUUACAGAUCUGAGCAGCAAAGAUAUGAAGAGAGAUUUGUAUAUCGUUGCCCAUGUGAUCCGAAUAGGCCGGAUGCUCCUGAACGACUCAAAGAAAGGUCCUCCUCACCUGCACUACAGGCGACCAUAUGGCUGUGCGGUCCUAAGCAUCUUGGAUGUCCUACAGUCACUCACAGAAGUAAAGGAAGAAAAGGAUUUUGUUCUUAAGGUUUACACGUGCAACAAUGAGAGUGAAUGGUCCCAGAUCCACGAGAACAUCAUCCGAAAGUCCAGUGCCAAGUACUCUGCCCCCAGCGCCAGCCAUGGUCUUAUCAUUUCUCUGCAGCUUCUUCGUGGAGACAUGGAACAGAUUCGGAGAGAAAAUCCCAUGAUAUUUAAUAGGGGAUUGGCAAUUACAAGAAAAUUGGGAUUUCCUGAUGUCAUUAUGCCAGGUGAUAUCCGCAAUGACCUGUACCUAACCCUGGAGAAGGGGGAUUUCGAGAGAGGAGGAAAGAGUGUACAAAAGAAUAUUGAAGUGACCAUGUAUGUGCUUUAUGCAGAUGGAGAAAUCUUGAAGGAUUGCAUCAGCUUGGGUUCAGGAGAGCCAAAUAGGAGUUCCUACCACUCCUUUGUCCUCUACCACAGUAAUAGUCCUCGCUGGGGAGAAAUUAUCAAAUUGCCUAUCCCCAUUGACCGGUUCCGGGGCUCCCACCUGCGCUUCGAGUUCAGACAUUGUUCCACAAAGGACAAAGGGGAAAAGAAACUCUUUGGCUUUGCAUUCUCACCCCUGAUGCGUGAUGAUGGCACCACCCUCUCAGAUGAUAUUCACGAGCUUUAUGUGUACAAGUGUGAUGAGAAUAGCACGUUUAAUAACCAUGCUCUGUACCUGGGCCUGCCUUGCUGCAAAGAGGACUACAAUGGCUGCCCUAAUAUCCCGUCUAGCCUCAUCUUCCAGCGCAGCACCAAAGAGUCUUUCUUCAUCUCCACUCAGCUCUCCUCUACCAAACUCACCCAGAAUGUGGACCUCCUAGCUCUGCUGAAGUGGAAGGCCUUCCCCGACCGGAUCAUGGAUGUACUAGGGCGGCUGCGGCAUGUCAGUGGGGAGGAAAUUGUUAAGUUUCUGCAGGACAUCUUAGAUACACUCUUUGUGAUUUUGGAUGAUAAUACAGAGAAGUACGGCCUGUUGGUUUUCCAGUCUCUGGUGUUCAUCAUCAACCUGCUCCGAGACAUCAAGUAUUUCCACUUUCGACCUGUGAUGGACACAUAUAUCCAAAAGCACUUUGCUGGAGCUCUGGCAUACAAGGAGCUCAUCCGCUGUUUGAAGUGGUAUAUGGACUGCUCAGCAGAACUGAUUCGACAGGACCACAUUCAAGAAGCCAUGCGGGUAAUGUACUAACCUCUUCAUACAUAAGAGACCCACUCAUGCAAUUAUUUGUGAGUAAUCUCAAUGAUAUAAUGUGCAGGACAAAUGUUGACAUCGCAG